GUGCCUUCUUCUCCGGGAGACCGACGCGUUUCCAGAUAUCGCCUUGAGGCGCGUGUUUCUCCGCUCAGCAGCCCGGACACACUGAUCCUUCGGAUGAAAAAAAAAAGUAGUGACUCUUUCCAGUAUUACAACCUGUAAAAGUGUCAUAAACGAGAAGUGGCGAGAAGUUUGUUAAAAGAGCCCCCACCGCGAAUCACCUCGCACUGAAGAGGAGAAAGUUCCCCACUUGAGGGCGAAAUCAGACUUUUUUGAGGACGCCAAGUUUGAAAAGUGCCUGGAAACCCGAGGUCUGUGAGAUACAACAUGCAGCAAUGUCCAAAGAGGCAGAGUUGGAUGUGAGAGGCAGUGAGUGUGACACAGUCCCACCAGAGCCCAGCACAGAACCACAACUGCCCCGGCCACCACCUCCAGCCAAGGCUAACGGACCCAACAGCAGCCCUGCUGGCAUCUGCAAGAGCAUCGUCUCCAGUAGCCACAGCAGCAGCAACAACAACAGCAGCAGCAGCAGCAGCAGCAACAGCAGCAGCAGCAGCAGCAGCAGCAAAGGUCUGGGUGGCAUUAGCAUCGUUAGCAGCAGUGCUGAGGGAGCAGGCGAGAGCUCCAUGCAGUUCAGCACCAGACCACCUAGUGCUGAGCAGCCGGGCUUCAUGGGGACAUGGCAGCAGCAGAGCACUGACAGCAACCUCCUCUACAGAAUGUCCCAGCAGGCAAUUCGCUGCACGCUGGUGAACUGCACAUGUGAGUGUUUCCAGCCCGGCAAGAUCCACUUACGGACAUGUGACCAGUGCAAACAUGGCUGGGUAGCUCAUGCUCUGGACAAGCUCAGCACCCAGCACCUCUACCACCCGACGCAGGUGGAGAUAGUUCAGUCCAACGUGGUGUUUGACAUCAGCAGCCUGAUGCUCUACGGCACCCAGGCCGUCCCCGUCAGGCUCAAGAUCCUUCUCGACCGCCUGUUCUCCGUGCUCAAGCAAGAGGAGGUGCUGCACAUCCUGCACGGCCUGGGCUGGACCCUCCGAGACUACGUCAGGGGCUACAUCCUGCAGGAUACUGCAGGCAAGGUGCUCGACCGCUGGACCAUCAUGUCCCGAGAAGAAGAGAUCAUCACCCUGCAGCAGUUUCUGCGCUUUGGUGAGACAAAAUCCAUUGUGGAGCUGAUGGCCAUUCAGGAGAAGGAAGGUCAGGCAGUAACAGUUCCCUCCUCCAAGACAGACUCUGGUAUUAGGACAUUCAUUGAAAGCAACAACAGGACCCGCAGCCCAGGGCUCCUGACACAUCUAGAAAACAGCAGCCCAUCGAGUAUUCAUCAUUUUGAGAAUAUCCCCAACAGCUUAGCCUUUCUCCUGCCCUUUCAAUACAUCAACCCCGUCUCUGCACCAAUGCUUGGCUUGCCCCCUAAUGGCCUGCCAAUCGAACAGUCCACGCUUCGGCUCCGGGAACCCAGCCUUCCAAACCAAGGUGAACAGGUGGAGACCAGUGAGUCAGAAGUGUCCCUGUCACCCUUCCGCACAGGCCAGAGCCCAAGCCGCGGAACCCUGGGAUCAAUUAACAACAACAUUGAACCCAAGACAGAGCCCAGCAACAGAGCAUCACCCAUCUCCCCAGCCCUUUCCACCCAGCAAGGUCAACAACAGCAAACACACUUCCAGCAGCAACAGGGACAGCGAGAGUCCCAAAAUCAAUCUCAGCAGUCCAACAUGAGUGACAACCAGGUCCACCACCACUUUGUAAAAGAUGAACAGUCUAAAUCAAUCAGCCAUGCCUCUUUUUCCUCAAAAAUGCAUCGUAUGCGCCGCAUGGGAGCUACUUCUCGCAAGGGUCGUGUGUGCUGCACCUCUUGUGGCAAAACCUUUUAUGACAAAGGCACACUUAAGAUACAUUUUAAUGCUGUACACUUGAAGAUUAAACACCGUUGCACCAUUGAGGGCUGCAAUAUGGUUUUCAGCUCACUACGCAGUCGCAAUCGUCACAGUGCCAAUCCCAACCCCAGGCUGCACAUGCCGAUGCUGCGGAAUAAUCGUGACAAGGACCUAAUCCGUGCCACUUCAAGCAGUGGUACGCCUGUCAUCUCAAGCAGCAAAAAUUGUGGCUUUACACUCACGAGCCCUGGAAGGCCACCACUGGGUUUUACUACUCCACCAGUAGACCCCAUGCUCCAGUCACCCCUACAAAGCCCACUGGUGUUCCCUUCUUUGAAAUCAGUGCAACCAGUUCAGCCAGUGCCCCCGUUCUACCGUACACUCCUGUCCCCUGCUGACCUUGUCAGUCCUCCAGUAUCACUGCCUACCAGCCCCAUUCUGCCCACCACCACUAACAGUACCACCCUGAUGGACCAGCAACAGCAGAUCCUGGCUGCUGCAGCUGCGGCUUCACACAAUAACGUACAUAUGUCAGAGGCAGGACCCAUGUCCCACCGUUUACCUACACCUACUACACAUCAGGACCUCACCAGUGCUAACAGUGACCCCACACCAAAAAAGAAGCCUCGUAAAUCUAGCAUGCCUGUGAAGAUUGAGAAGGAAGUUAUUGAUGUGGCUGAUGAAUAUGAGGACAAAGAUGAGGAUGAUGACGAUAAUAUGAACCAAAAUCAUCACCAUCACCAGUCAUCCCUUCUUCACAACAGUAUAAAAAUGAAUGGAAAUUGUAACAUCAACAACAGUGGCAAUGGUAAUGGCAACCACAGUGGUGGUAGUGGGCAGCAAUCCCCUUCUCAGGAUGAAAUGAGCCCAGGAUUAGCUUUAAGAGGAAUGAUGAGACAGAGUGAAGAUGAUUGCAGAGAGGGGACUGGUAGAGACAGCAGGAGUGGAAUGGACCUGCGGGGCUCUGGUGAAUUACGUUGUAUGGACAGCUUCACCUCUGAAGAUCAGGACCAUGAAAGAGACUUUGAGAAUGAAUCUGAAACCUCUGAGUCCAAGAUGUUCUAUCGUGACGAGCUCAUGGAUGUGGAGGACCAGCAAAAACACAGUAGGGGUGGAAGGGGUCUAGACAAGGAACACGAUGAUGAGGGUAGUGAGGAAGCCCAUUUAAGAAAAGAAAUGGAGGGCAAGGGCCAUUCCUCACCUUCUCCCCAUCAGCCCCCAAUCAGGAUCAAAGAAGAACUCAAUGAUCCUACGUAUGACAUGUUCUGCAUGGGCCAGUAUGGUAUUUAUAAUGGAGGCAUGGCAGCCGCCGCCGCUGCCGCUGCAAGUAUGGCUGCACUGCACGAGAACUUUAUCUCUUCGAUGGGUUAUGGCGCCAGUCCACCCAAAUUCCCAUCUUCUCAUUCGCCAGAGGGAGAUCCAUGCUCAAGUCCUGACCCUAAGAUCUGCUAUGUGUGUAAGAAGAGCUUCAAGAGCUCCUAUAGCAUGAAACUGCACUACAAGAACGUCCACCUCAAAGAGAUGCAUGUGUGCACUGUGGCUGGCUGCAACGCCGCCUUCCCUUCCCGGCGGAGCCGAGACAGUGGGGUGUUUUUCCCUGCCUCCUGGCUGCCUGCUGCACGGAGGCACAGCUCCAACAUAAACCUGCACCGCAAACUGCUGACCAAAGAGCUGGACGACAUUGUCCUGGACCCCCAACUCACGCCACUGCCCAAGGACCUGCGGGCCGAGUUACUGGCCAAGAUCUACGCUGGGCACCACGUGGGCUUGGACCCUGUGGCUGCGAUGGCCUUCGGAGGUGCCAGCCUCGGACCAAUCAGCCUGAACCAUGUCCGUUCCCCCAUAAGCAACCAGUAUUCCCAUUACCCUCUCAGCCACAAACUUAAAAAUCACCACACCAACGGCUUCUCCCAGGGCCAGCCAGAUGACUACAUGGUGCUGGACCUGAGCACCACCUCUAGUGUUCAAUCCAGCAGCAGUGUCCACUCCUCACACGAGUCAGAUGAGGGCAGUGAUGAAGGCAUCCUACUGGAUGACCUAGAGGAGGAGGAUGGAGAAGAGGAUGAGGAGGAGGGCAACAGCGAGGGAGAGGACUGCUCCCAGCGAGCGGCAACAGGGCAACAUGAUGAGACUGGAGAGAUAAGAGGACAUGGUGAGGGGUUGGAAUCUCCCUCCUCACCAUUCCUCCUUUCAUCCAACGGGGGCAGUAACGGUGGCAGCGGUGGGAUUCUCUGCAACAUCUGCCACAAAAUGUACAGCAACAAAGGGACUCUGCGUGUGCACUACAAGACUGUGCACCUGCGAGAGAUGCACAAGUGCAAAAUCCCUGGUUGCAACAUGGUGUUCAGCUCUGUGCGCAGUCGUAACCGACAUUCUCAGAACCCCAACCUCCAUAAAAACAUGCCCUUCUCUACAAUAAUAGACUAAAUAAUGACUUUCUACUCGACCCUCCUGUCAGUCAGCCCACUCCUCCCCUCAUUCUUCAUCCUUAUCCCUCCUCAAAUUAGCUUUUAACCCCAGCCCAGGGCCAUCAAGUACAGGCUAAGUGCUUGUUUGCCUCCUGCCCAUCCUCUGUAAGUCAUAGCAAGACAUUUGUACGUCCCUCUAUAAAAAUUCAUUGACUCUAAAUACAGUUAAUUAUUGUGACCUUGGACUUUUCCUCUUUGGAAGAACAGAAUAACACUCUUGAGUGUGGAGUUUGGUUUAUUACAAGACUCUUUUUUUUUUCAUCUUUCCUCUCAAACUGUUCCCCAUGUUUUUAUGUCCAUCUCCAAAGAAUCUAUUGAACCUCCUAUUUGUGACUUUGCCUGCAGAAAUAAUAGAACUAAAAAGAGAAAAAACUUCUUGUUGUAUUUGUGUAAUGAUAGCUUUUAAAUGAACCCCCUACAAAAGCAUGACAGCUUCAUUUGUAAAUAAUGUCCCAAGAGGCUUUUGGUGUAAAAGAGUUGUGUUGAUGGUUGUUUGCUUUUUCCUCAAUCCUUAUGGUUUUAUGUUACAAUCCAGUACAAUACUUCCAGCUAUAGGCAAGAAAGAGGUAGCAUCGUACUAGCUUGAUUCAUUUAUGUUAGCUUCAAAGAUAUGUUUUAAACUGAGUCCUAGGAAAAGAAGAAUAUCAUGUGACUUGCUUUUUCUACUUGUUAGAUAUUCAGACGUUGCCGGCAUGCUUUUUUAGGCUCCUACACUGAUAUCAUUCUCUGUAUUUCUAUUGAUUUUCUUUUUUUUUGUCUGUUUUGUUUAUAAGCUUCAGUAUACUAAUUCAGUUUUUGCACUUUGCAUCUAUACAUGGGGAUGUGUAAUAUUAUUAUAAUGAGGAGUUUUGCAAUGGUGAGUUUAGGUGUUAUUUGGGGUCAUAGCUCGAGUGCCAAGGGACAUGACAGUACCUUCAAAUGACUUGUUCCAGUUCAGUUUUUGCACGUGCUCAGUUUCAAACAUAGUUUCACAAAACUAGAAAACCUGAAAUCUUCCCCUAUCUCUAAAAAUGUAAAUCAGAAAGUGUCUCCAAAGUGUCUUGCAUCAAUAUGAAUUCACGUGUGACUGAACAUAAACUGCUGUUUCAAAAACCACAAAAGAACUAAUGCGUUUAAGGAGGAAUUUGCAUAAUGGUUACAGUUAACAUCACAAACACCACAUUGACGAGUUAGUGGGGUAAAUCUGUGCGAAGCAUUGUGCUGAAAUUGUCAAAGAAAGCAAAGGAAGAGCUGAUGUUUGUUCUCACAAAAUGCAUCUUCAUGAAAUAUGAUAUGUCCCGUAGAUUUGAAAAACAGAAAAAAAGAUGAAAUAGUCCUUCAACUGUGACCAAAACAAAAGUGUUUGCUUUUGUAAAGAUGUUUCAUUGUGACAUUGUACUUAAAUCAUGCCCCGUUAGAUUAAUAUGAUGCACUUGAGUCUUAAAUCUUUUGCUGUGUUAUUUUUGGUAUCAGUUUCCAUUGCUGAGUGUUAGCUACAAAUGUACUAUAUGAAAAAUGUCGCCAUGUUCCAGGCUGUUGGAUGCAGCCAUUUUUAACAUGUCCAUGACUGUCUUGCGGUACAGAUAUUUCCAGUAACUGGGCAAAGUAGCCAAGGGAAGGGGUAUUUAUUGGUGGGUCAUGUAUCUUCAUGGAAAUGUAUUUUGUCCAGUAUGAAAAUAUUUUUUGUAAAAAGACAAAAAAUAGAGAUUGUUGCUCAGUUUGAUUUGUUUUUCAAUGUAUUACCAACGCCAUGUGUUACUAUACAAAGAGACCUUCUCUUACUUGACUGGUGCUACACACAGAGGGAAAAAUAUGCAGUGUUAUGUGGUGUGCUGUACAGUAUUCACAACACCUUACAUUCAUAACAGUGUUGAGGCCUGUGUGUUUCAUACUUUUUGCAAUGUAGACACGACCAUUUCUCGUGAAAACCUUCAUGUCUUUUUUUUUUUUGUUUUUUUUUAACGAUUACACCCAAAUGGCACAUGCUGUUUUCAGUCCUGUCUUCUUGGAGAGAUAAAGAGAGCGAGUCAAAGCGCUGUGGCUGAUGGAAAGGUUCCAGAGGUGGAAGGCUGGGAGGAAAGUAUGACAGCAAAGAUCAUUAAAAAUCUGCUGCCUCUCAAGUUACCUGGAGGCGUCACUGAUAUUACGGCUUCUUCUGUCUAAUAUCUCACAUGUCACUUUGUUACGCUGCCACAGACAGAGAUUGCUGACACUGACUGGUCCUCAAUGAAAAUGACAGAAGGAGGGAAGAGAAUGUGUGUUGUGAACAAUUCAUUUAGGCUCAUUCAAUUCACUUUGUCUAUUCAUUUUACCAUGCAUGUACAUAUUCAUAGUCAGAAUCAUUGGAACUGCAUUUCAACUCCUUUCUCUCUGAUUUUCUCUUUGUCUGUCAGAGCGCAGUCAUUUGACAAAACCCUGCCUUACCCGCUUCUUAAACCCACCACCCACACCCCACAGCGCUGGUCCUACAGGGACACACACUAAUGGCGUAUUUCCACCGGCUCACCUCGGCACGGCACGAUUAGGUUGCAUCUCCACUAGAAAAAAAGUACCUACUUAACUAAAUACACCACCCCACUUUAACAGACUCCUCUGUUAAAGAUUUCCCUGGUAGUUGCUGGAGAUUUACCCAUGUUUUUAGGAUUGUUAAGUGGUUUUAAGUGAUCUACAGUUCGGCGCUGUUCGGCUUGAUUUGUGUGUGGGACGUCUCUUCCUGCGCCAGCACUCUGACCAAUCAUCGCAUAGUUACCUACUCAGCACGCUUUUGGAAACUCACCUGAGCAGGUACUAAAAAUAGUACCUGGUACCAGGUACAAUGUUAGUAGAAACAUUACUUAAACCGUGCCGUGCCGUGGCGAGGAGAGGCAAGUAGAGCCAGUGGAAAUGCGCCAUAAUAGUGUAUGCUUAAGUUCACCGGACGACCAUGGCAUAGGAAAAAGGGAUGGGUAAUUGCCUGUUUAUCCCAAGUGAAGAGAACAUUGAGUACAGGAACCCCUGCCUUCUCCCAGGAGUGGGUUUCACUGAGGCACUUGCUGCCUCACUCACUCACUCAGUUCCCCCGGCUCUCGCUCUGGCAGAAAUAAAAAAGUUCCCUGCUGACAGCUGUCUCACACACACACACACACACACACACACGGAGGAGAGGGCAUACCAUUCACAUAUACGUCCUUGUUACAGGCCAGACGGAUUACAAAACUAUGAUGACAUGUUAACCUCGAGUGACAGAGAAGGAAACAAAAUAACAGAGUGGAUGAAACUGACAUUAACAUUAACAUUAUAGCUUUUGCCACUAGAAAGUUUUUAUUCUGUCAUGAAGAGAAAGACAUUGGAAAUUUAACUAUAGAGGAAUUUAAAAAAAAAUCUAGAUUGAGGUGUACUUACCCAACAUUUUUUAAAACUUAUUUUAAUAUAAAAGUGGUGUGACCCUGAAGCUUUUUCUUUUUGUUUCUUUUUACACAUUCCUUAUGUUGUGUUCUUCUCAAGCAGCAGCUGCAGUGCAUCACCCUUCUCUGCGUACAUGUGCACCAGCGAGAAAUCUGAAUAUCAUAAAAGAGAUUUCUUUACAACACCCAACUCCCGCCCUUAACGGCCUCCGCCUGGUGCUGGACAUGCCAGCAGGGCUCAGAGCUGCAAGACGCUGGAAACUGAGCUGAGAAAAGACACAAACAACUGUCCAGCAUAGCAUAGGGAGACUGACGGCAAGAGAGACAGAGAGAAGUGAGGAGAAAGAAAGGCACUGGGCAUAGGAAGUGAGAGAAUCACAGGGAGAGAAGAGAGCAAAGAGAGCAGCAGGGCCAGGACUCCCCACGACUCAUCAGCAGUUUCUUCUUGAUUGCCUGCUGGUGAGCGAUCGACUCACAUAUCUGGUCCUCUCCCCAACAUUCUGCUCCCCUCUGAGAAAUGACCACCAAUUUAAAAAAAAAAAGCUCCCUAAACCCAAUCUUUGGGCCCAGGCAAAUUCUGCCAACUCGUGACCGGGCUGUGGGACGACAGGAACACGGCACUUAGAGCGCAAUCUUUAAUAUUUGAUCACAGGAGUGUCAGGCAUCAAUUACUCAGUAAUUCUACACAGCACACACAGGGAGAAGGAGAUGACCUGUUAGUCACUGUCCACGUUCAUGUCGUGAGUGAGUGAGUGAGUGAGUGAGUGAGGAUGAGAGGUGACGGUCAGUGUAGCUCAAAGAACAAAGUGUGAUGGAAAUAUGCAGAUAGAGGAAAAACAGACUCGUCCACGGGUUUAGUAUAGAUGCUUCACUCUCAUAAAAAAAACUAAAAAACCCUCAUUAAUUAGAACUGGAACCUGUGAAAUGUCAGUGAUCCUGAAAAUAAAAUGUUUUCCAUUGUGCCAAUCAUACUUUACAGUCUUAAAAUAUAGAUAAGCUUGAAGAGCUGGUGAAUUAAGAUUUUAAGAUUUUAGUUUUGUUUUUUUUCUGUGUGUUUUUGUGUAUCCAAUACAUUUGUGUGUGUGUCUUAAAAAGCCCGUGUUGUGGUACUGGGACUCAACAAUGUUGCAUGGCUACAUCGUCGCACUGCAAAGAACAAACACAGCAGAGGAGCUCGUAUCACUGGUGUCAAAAUGGUGAUUUGGAAGCCUCAUGAAUACUGUAUGUUACCUAAACAGGUGUUUCCCAUUUGCAGACAGGAGGAAAAAAUGUCCUCUUUUUAAAGAGACUCUUUUCUUUUUUUUCUUUCCUUUUUGCCUUUCUUCUAUUUGUUUCUGUAUCAUAACAGUCUAUGGUUUUUGCAUAAAAUGCAUAAGGGUUUUGGGAUGUAAAUGGAAUUUUAUUCAUAUUUUGUCCAAAUACCUCUUGUAAUUUGUAUCAGAAUUCUUGUACAAUUUUUAUAUUAAAGAUUUAUCAGUCA